CUUCAUCUCAUUAUGGUUUUUUUAAAUAUCAGUAUUUGUAGGAUUCCGAAAAAAAUUCACGAAAGAAUUGUAUUCACGUUAAUUAUUGUCAUAGCUUCUGUCUGUACAUCUACAUUUAUAAAUCGACUAAUUGGUGUAAGAGUAUUAAUGGGUGAUGAAAUCCCGCUAGAAACGCCGGAAGAUUUUGCAAAAUCAAAUUUUUCACUCAUGUUUGACCCUACAUUUUUAUCUAAAAUUGUUGAUCCUGAUGAUGAAGUUUUUAAUCGCCUUAUUAAUAUAAAAGGUAUAAGAAAUGCGAGAAAUUCGGAUUAUAUCGAUAAAUUAAGAAAAAAUCGAGAUGUGAUUUGCAUAGCUGUCGGAUCAUGCGCAAAUGAAGUAAUCAACGAGAAAUCCAGCUAUAUAAAUGAAAGAACAAUUAUAAAAAAAAAAAACAAAAGUAAUUUUUUGGUCUGAAGGAAAGAAUAUAGCAUUUCAACAUCGUUCACCGUAUAUUGAAGAAAUUAAUAGAAUUUUAUUGAUUAUAGUACAAAGUAAUUUACAGUAUUAAGUUGUACAACAAAAGAUAAUUAGCAGACACAGUUUUGUGAAAGAUGAAUUUGAAAUGAAAGACGAAGAAUUGCUUAUGCAACUCACAUUUGUGUUGGUAAUUGGGUACAUUAUCUCUAUUAUUUUUUUACUGGUGAAUUAUUUUCUAGAAAAUUCUGUGAAGUCAUAAUUACGUACAAUAAAUAUUGAAUUAUUUGUUUGAAUAUUGCAGCUACAUAAUAAUUCUCUGUAAUCGCCCUUAUUAAGGGCGAAUUAUAAUAAGUAACGUUUAGAAACUUUUUUAACGUUUAGUAGUUUGUAUCCACCCUGGUGAUUAAAAAACUUCUCAGUGUAGACAUACGUCGCAAAUUUAGGGCAGCAUGUAUCUAAAAAUAUUCGUUAUUGCUCUUCUUUCAAAAACUGUACAAACAAUUUUUAAAAUUCAACUACGUGAACCUUCUAACAAGUAUGAUCACUUGUUCGAAUCUAUUAUCUCUUGCCGAUACGUAAAUAAAAUAGUAUUCUUGAUUGAUGAAGAUAUGAAGGAUCAAAUUAUGGAUAUGAAUUAUAUUACGCAAAAUAUACCAUAUAAUUUAUCAGUUCUUCUUAUUGGUUCUGAUACAAAAAAAACAAAGUCUAGAAGUUUUUGGUCUAGAUUUUCAAGAUUUAUUUUUUAUUCGAUGGAAACUUUGUAUGUGAUAAUGCAACCAAGGAAUGAUAGAAUUCUUAACUUCACAAAACUGAGUUUGUUUUCUCACCUUAAAGCAUAUCCACAACUUAGCUGCUCAAAAUUUUUGAUAGUUACUCACGAAAUGGAGAGCAUCAGAGAUAUUCAAGCAACCCUACACGAUGCUUGGCAAAACAAAAUUUUGGAUUUAACUGUUCUUCAGGACAGAAAGAUAGACCCUUCUUGUAUAUCAAAGGCCGUAUUCCACACUUAUAAUCCAUUCUUCAGGAUUUAUCACGAGCAUUGUUUUAGACUUAGUUCUAUUGUUUUUCCCAGAAAAUUGCAAGACUUAAAUCGAUACCCUAUCAAUGUAUUAAUAAUGGAUUUUCCACCAAUUACAAAUUUAAAAUGCGAUUACGAACCAAACGUUACGUGUGAAGUUGAAGGAAUCGAAUUUGAUAUCAUGAAAAUAUUGUCGCUAACCAUGAAUUUUCAAAUCAAUGUUGUUCCUGUAUUCUCUAACGCUACUGGACCGUUCAUUUAUAAUAUUGGCUACGCUAAUGACACAGCUCUCAGGGCUGCGAAUGUUGAUUUACGUGGAAAUCAUUUCUUUCCCUUUGAGAAUGACGAAACUUUCCAUGCAAGAGCAAGUACCAUGAUUUUGUUUGAUGAAAUAUGUGCAAUCGUACCAAUUUUACAUAAUCGCUAUUUUAACAUAAAUCCAGAUAAAAUUGUUUUUGCAGUUAUUGUAAUAAUGAGUAUAUGUCUUCUUAUUUAUGUACUAAAACACUGUCUGAAUUUCGAAAAAAAAUACUGGGAUGUGUUUUAUAUAUUGAUAACAUUUUUGAACGCUGCAAGUCUCAGAAUGCCAAUAAGAAACUUCGAACGAAUCUUGUUUUUACUAGUCAUCAUAUUGGCACACUUUUUUUCUUCGUUCUUCGUUCGCCAAUUAAUUGAUUUUAAAGUGUCCAUAGAUAAUGAAAUACCUCUAAAUACACCUAAAGACUUUGCGGAGUCUGAUUUAUCGGUAGUGUUUAAUCAUAUUUUUAUUCCAAAGAUUGUUGAUCCUGAUGAUACAUUUUUUAAUCACCUUAUAAAUAAGAGUGUUUCAAAUGCGGAUGAUAAAGAUUGCAUCAAUAAGCUAGGAACCAAAUUCAAUGCGGUUUGCAUUACUCACAGAAAGUUAGCAGAAUCCAUAAAUAAGAAAAACAUCCGUUUUAGUGGUAACAAAACCCCUGUAUUUAAAAUAGCAAAGCCGUGCUUUUGGUCUGGCGGGCUCGUUAUGGCGUUAGAAAUGAAAUCUCCAUACAUCGAACGCAUCAAUAGUAUUUUAUUGCUUAUAGCUCAAGGUAAUUUGUAUCAUCAAUUUCAAGAGCUAAAAUCAUUUCAGGAGUACAAGUACAUUAAAGGCGAAUACGAAGCGCAAGAUCAAGAGCUUUUGAUUCAACUGAGACGCAUUUUAAUGCUUGGAUAUAUUGUAUCGAUUUGUAUUUUUAUCACCGAGUUAUUUAAAUAUUGAU